AGGUUUUUUUUUUUUUUUUUUUUUUUUUUACUUUGCAAAAAUAACCAAACCUUGAAAAAAUAACCAAAAAAAAACGAAAAACUUGCGACACUUGAUUUCCCGGAUGCAAUCGAAUUUCUCAGAUACACGACGCAAUCUCUGCUUGAGUCGAACCCUUCCAGCCCGCGUCUUGUGCGUGGGCGGAGAGCUCUAUCCCGACCGCUCCCUUGCCCACGGCGAUUUGAAGACAGCCAGGACUGCAGGGAGGAGAGAGAAGGGAGAGCAAGGAAGAGGGAGGGAGGAAGAAUCAUCUGGAGGAGCGCAAAGCCCUUUAGCGGGCAGUGGCGACCUGUUGCCUAUCGCAGGGCAUGGAGAUGGGGAUCUGAAUGUCGUCAGAAUAGAACACUGGGGAUCUGAAUGUGGUCAGAAUAGAACACUGCGAGCAGUGCCCUCGGAACGAUCAAGAUUGGGCCGAGUUAACGGACAGCAGAAGCCACAGGAGGAGGAGGGGAAAUCGGGGGAAGUCGGGGAAGUCGGGGGAAGAGGGGGAGGAGGGGGAGGAGGACGGGGGCGGUUUUCGAGGAGGAGCUAUGGCUGCGAGCAGUGCCCUCGGAAGUAUCAAGAUUGGGCUGAGUUAACGGAGAUCAGAAGCCACAGGAGGAAGAGGGGGAAGAGGGGGAGGAGGGGGAGGAGAGGGAGGAAAGGGAGGAGGGGAAGGAGGGGGAGGAGGACGUUGCAGUCCAGCAGGCAUUGGCCGCCUCCUGCGCAGCGAGGAGGAGAAGGGGGAGUAGGGGGAGAAAGAGGAGGAGGAGGAGGAGGAGGAGGAAGAGGGGGAAGAGGAGGAAGAGGAGGAAGAGGAGGAAGAGGAGGAAGAGGAGGGGAGGAAGAAGAGGAGGAAGAGGAGCGGGACGGAGUUCACGAAGAGCAGCAGCAGAAGCAGCAAGAGCAGCAGAAGGACCAGGAGCAGGAGCAGCAGGAGGAGGAGGUGGAACGAUAUUUCCAUAGAGACUCUGACGUGGGUUGUCCGGCCAAGCAGAAAGCCCAGGAGAAGAACCCUACAGAGAAAGCUCCCUCUCAGAAGGAGAAUUCCCCUGUAAAGGAGAAGGAUCCACAGAAGGAGGUGCUUUCAACGAAGGGGAUUCUCCUGGAGGAGAAGGAGAUUAUCUCUUCAAAGAAAGGUCCAGCCCCGGACAAAGAGGACGAGCCUCGAUGGGAAUUAGUUACUCGCAACUCUAAGAACAGGCGCAAAAGGAAAAUUAACAAGAAAUCCUGGAGUCGGAAGGAUUCUCGGGGAGGGACCAAGCCUAUUCCACCCACGAAAGAUGGAUCGUCCAAGGAUGAUGCCGAGCCGUCGGGUAAAUUACCCGAAGUUCGGGGUGAUCCUGUUGUUUCGUCUAAAGCAGAUGACAGAGAUGAGGUGUUGGUCAGCGAGGGUGAAGGGGAAGGCACGGGAGAGAAAGAAAAUAACUCAAACUUGGAGAAAGAUGUUGCAAAGGUUGCGGGUGUGGAUGGGUCUUCUUGUCCCGUAAAACCGGAGUCCAUAGGCAUUAACGGGGAAGGGGAAGGGGAGGAAGGGGAGAGGGAGGGAUUAUCUCGAAGGGAAGGAGGGGAGAGUGUUGUGUCCCCUACCCCGGCCUCUAUCCUUGGAGGAUUGCAGUCUAAAGAUAGAGCCGAGCAACCUAUCGAAGAACAGAAAGAUCUGUCAAAAGCGGAUGACAGUGACGUGUUGAUGGUAAGUGAUGAUGAAGGGGACGAAAUGGAAAAGAACGAGGAUGACUCAAACUUGGUGAAUGAAGAAGUGAAGGAGGAGGGUAGGGAGGAAUCUCUAAGCCCAGUUAAAUCUGAGCCUGAGCCUGAAAGUUCCCAGGAGGUAGGGAAAGGCGAGGAAGGGGAGGAGGAGAUUGGUUUAUUACGAAGGAAAAGAGACACCUUCCGUGUUCUACACCCAGAGGACAAUGGUUUCACAUGGCAUGGCCCAAGACCUUCAGAAAAGGCUCCAAUUCCUCGUAGGCGGUUGGAUCUUAUCUUGGCUAGGGGCUCUCUUUGGGACAGAUGUAUGGCUUCAGAAUACCGGAUCUCAGAUAUCUCGGAUCAUUAUCCCAUUCAUAUAGGCAUUGUAUCAAAGGAGCUAGUGGAAAAGGAACGCCGGCCCUUCCGUCUUAACGUGAAUUUGUUGAAGGAUGAGGGCAUUCCGAGGUGGGUAAGCGCCCAGAUGACGGCGUGGAUGCGGGCUAAAGAUCUGUUUGAUUCAGAGGAGGAAUGGGCUGAGGUGGGAAUAGGAAUUAUCAGGGCUGCCCUUGUUGAAUUUUCAAGAAUGAAAUCUGCAAAUAGAGCUUGGAAAGAGAAAUGUUUGUUAAUGGAGAUUGCUACUGCGGAAGAUAAGAUUGGUAUUGACCCGUUUGAAGAGUUCUAUUGGUCCGAAAAAAGGAGACUUGCGUUGGCUCGUCUAGAAGAUCUGGAACAACGCAAACAAGCCGAAUGGCUUGACUGGUUAAAGCUCAGAGGCAUCAUUGGGUAUGAUAGAAUGACGAAGUUGACCUUUCGGUCUCUGGUCUUGAGACAGACAAAACCAUUAAUAAGGGAACUUAUCCACCCCUUCGAUUUAGAGAAGGGACCUGCGAAUGACACCCAAAAUAUGUGUGCCUAUGCCCUAGAGUAUUUUAGGGACAUUGUUAGCUCCCGUAGACCUUUUGAUAAUUUUGAUUCAGAUCUCUUUGUUGACUCCUCCUUUUGGGACAGGACUACUUCGUGCAUUUCUGCGCAAACUAUGGCCAGUCUUGAUUCUCCAAUCACAGUACAGGAACUAACCAGAGCCGUUCAAAGGAUGGCCACAGGCAAAUGCCCUGGGCUUGAUGGGCUACCCGUGGAACUAUUUUCUAGCGCUUGGCCGUCCUUUGCACCUUUCCUUUGUCAGAUUUACAAUAAAGCCCUGGUUUCAGGCUCCCUUCCAAGGAGUUUUGUCAAGGGCGUGAUUUCGCUCCUUUAUAAGAAAGGGGACAAGAGGGAGGUCCGGAACUAUCGUCCGAUAUCGGUAUUAAACGUCACAUAUAAAAUCCUGGCGAAAACGCUAGCUAUCCGGUUAGCAGAGGAACUGCCCCUCCUAGUUGGAUGGGAGCAAGGCGCCUUCGUGAAAGGACGGUCGAUCUUUGAUAAUAUAAUGACUACGGUUCAAGCCCUGGAGGUCAUUAAUGCAGAAGAUAGAAAUGUGGCAGUCCUACUUUUGGACAUGGAAAAGGCCUAUGACAAGGUGGGGUGGGCUUUUGUUACUACCACCUUGUCUAAAAUGGGAUUCGGCCAAGGAUUCAUAAAGUGGACCAGGGCUAUGUAUGCAAAGGCUGCUUCAGUGGUUGUGGUCAACGGAAGAUUGUCUGAGGACUUUCACUUAACAAGGUCUUUGAGACAAGGCUGCCCACUGGCCCCUCUACUGUUUGUUCUGCAACUUGAAGUCCUCCUCGACAACAUUCGACUAAAUCCAAGAAUAACAGGACUGACAUUGUCUCUUGUCCUCAAGUGGAAAGGAGGAGCUCUAGCAGAUGAUCUUACUCUGGCGGUUCAGAACUCUCACUCCACUUUAUUAGAAAGUUAAGUCAGUAUUAGAUGAGUACUGUCUUCUUUCUGAGGCCUCUAUAAACUGGUCAAAGUC